AUCCCCCACCUCCCCUACCGCAUCCCGGACCCGGAUCCCAUGGCCCCCCUGCGCGGCGGACGGAGCACUAACCCCGGCACCGUGAAACACGUCCGCGAUAAGUUUGUGCGGUGGAUGGCGCGUCCGGAUGGGGAGUAUGAUGCCUGCUGGAAGGGCGCUUGUAUCCUGACGGGCGAUCAUGUGUUGAAAAUGUUGGAUUUGUAUAGCCGUUGUGAUGUCUACAAGUUUCCCUUUAUCGGUACCGUCACGCGGAUGAGCUGCGGUGCGACGAAUGCAUUCUACUUUGUUGAAUUCGAGCCCCUUUCCAGACCUGUCGGCCAACGUAAGUCUUCGCCGCUGCCGCGGCAGGUCAUUCUCAAGCUCAGCCUGCCCGUUUGCCCCCACGACAAGCUCGAGGCAGAGGUCGCGGCAAUGGUGUUCGCUAGGCAAGGAUCCCCGGCCGUCGUUCCCCAGGUCCUCGUCUUUGACUCCAUCGGUAGGAACCCACUCGGGCUAGAGUGGAUGAUAAUGGAGGUACGCACCGGGUUCCCUCUACUCAGCGCGAUCGAGGAGAACUAUGCCCUCGCGGCGCACGACUUACAUGCAGCUAAGCAGGAUACCGGCUUGGAAGGGUUCAUGGAUAUAUCUCCCGGGACCAUGCCGAACCUCAACGAAGAGGACAUGAAAGCCAUUGCGAGGGAAGUACAACUAUUCCUCUCUGAGCUGCAAAACGCUCUGCCGACUGUCCCCAAAAACCAGGUAAACAUUGGCAGUCUUCGUAUCGACUGGUCAAAGAAGGAGUUCUUCACUGGCCCCAUUGUCCACCCUCACUUCUACAGCGCUGAAAGGUACUGGUCAGUUCAGAACAACGGGCCGUUCAGACGGAUCGAGGAUUACGUCGACGCUUACACCGCGAUCUGGGAGCCCGAAUUCAAAAAAUAUCCCGAGAUCAAGGAGCGCAUACGAAAAUUACGAGAGGUUGCCCAGAAAAUGACAAGCCGUAUGGGCUUCAUGGUCCCGAACCCGUAUAUUUUAGAAUCUACUCAUGGCAGCGUGGAUGGGUGGCCUGUGACGUUGGUCCAUCCUGAUCCUCACCCAGGCACAAUCCUCUUUGACGGCAAACGGAAAUUGGCAGCCGUCAUGGGAUGGGAGAAUGCAGUGCUGAUACCAGCGCCGCUGCGAAAUCUUCCAGUGGCGCUGGACUAGGCGAUGCAACUGUACGGAGUGACAGAUGCCAUUGACCCUAUGCAAGUGAACGUGCUUGAGGCGUUGCCUAUUCGCAAAGAGCGAGUACUACUGACGAUGCAGGAAUGGGCGAAGAGAAACGUCUCUGAAUCAUUGGAACCUGUGAUGAAUUUCCAAGGAGGAGUCGAUGCCUCUUUUCAAGCAUUGAAGAUAGCCUGCGAAGAUAUGAUGCGGCAGCGAAGUAUAGACUGGAUUGAGCGUGUCCAUUCCCAGCUUGUUGCCCGCUCGUGAGGAGUUGAAUAUCGCCGGCGCCAUGGUCCCACGGGCAGAGAAAGGUAGGUCAAGUCUUGUGAGCCCAGAAGGCUUGGACGGGAGGAUAGAAAUUCAGACAACCUAACAAUUUCACAACCAUGCA